AUGAAUAAUCAUAUAAAGAAUAGAUUUAUAUUUAGUGGAUAUGACGAUCAAUCGAGUGAUUAUAAUGAUUUAAACAAUGAGCAAUCUUGUAGUAAUAGUAAUCACCAAGAACUAAUAGAAUCAGGUAGAUUAGCAAGUGACUUCUAUCGGGAACAAAUUGCAAAGCGUCAGAGCAAUGAUCUUCUAUUCAACCCAACUCUUAAAAGAAUAGAAAUGUAUGAAGCUAAAUUACAAAAUCAAACUAGAACAACAACAACAGUAGCAGCAGCAGCAGCAGCAGCAGCAGCAGCAGCAACUACUACUACAAUAGAAAUAAAUAAUAGUGAUAGUAAUGUUAAAGAUAUCAAAGAUAUUAUGAUACACUUUUAUCAUUGUGAAAGUUGUAAUAUCGAUGUAUCUAUCGAUUUAAAGCAAGAGCAUAUCACAUCAACAGUUCAUUUAUUAGCUAGCAACGUUAUUGGCACACCAAAGAAUCAUUUUCAUAUCUCUCAGCGAAAUAGAGGUUACAAGUUGUUGACAGAGAAGUAUGGUUGGGAUGAAGAACAAGGUGGUCUAGGAAAAGAUAAUCAAGGAAGACUAUAUCCUCUAUCGACAUCGUUGAAGCAUGACAAGAGUGGUAUAGGUAAUCCCACCAGCAAGUUAAAAGUAACUCAUACUGCACAUGACAUUUCAAUGUCAAAGCAAAGUUCUAAAACAAGAGCAGGCCGCAGUGGUGGAAGAAGAACAAAGAAAUCAAAGAAAUUAAAACAACAACAGCAACAACAAGAAAAAUCAAAGAAAAUACAAUCAUUUAAUCAAUUAUAA